UCUAGUUCCCUGACCAGGGAUCGAACCUGGGCCCCCUGCAUUGGGAGCACGGAGUCUUACCCGCUGGACCACCAGGGAAGUCCCUCAUCUGUGCAUUAGAUCCAGUAUUUGCUUGUAGCAUAUGUUACCAUUGAUUGUUAAAUAAAUGUAAGGUGUUAGUAUAAGAGAUUGAGUUCACUGGUUUUUAGACACACCUAUUUUAUUUUGGUUUGGUUUCCAUUUUAAGCCUUAAAUUUGGCUCCAAGUAAGUUUUAUUGGCUGGCUCUUUCCAAGAAUCUUAUCUCUGUAACAUGUUUAGCAUAGUGCCUAGCAAUAUUAGGUACUAUAAAUGAUAGAUAUUGAUAUAAUGAUUACUUUUAUUAAAUCAUCAAAAUAGGCUAUGGACUCUGAGGGCAACCAAGACAGCAUGAUUGGAUGAUGCGUUAGCUGCUUUAAAGAGGACAAAGCUCUUGAGGAUAUGGAAAGUCUAAUUAUGAUUAACCUCCAUGUAUAGAAAGUAUUUAGAUUAGUUUUUUUUUCAGCUUUAUUAAGAUAUAAUUGAUAUAAAAUAUAACCGUACACAUUAAAGUGUACAGUUUGAUGUGUUUUGAUAUGAGUUAACACCCAUGAAACCAUCACCCCCCAAAUUCCAAAAUGCCCUUUUAUAAUCCUUUCAUCCUAGCCCCUUCCCACCUAUUCUUAUCCCUAGGUAACCACUGGUCUGCUUUCUGUCACUACAGACCUGUGGUGGACAGACUUGGGAAAGACCAUUGCUAGAUGUGAAAGCUUGGGGUAGGCGAGAGGUCCUACUGUACCUUCCUAGACAGAAAGGCUUCAAAGUGGGACUGGUUAAGCCUGUCUUAAUCAUGGUCUUUCUGAGUUACCCAAACUCUGAUCUGCUACAAUGGCAUCCGAUGACUUUGAUAUAGUGAUUGAGGCCAUGCUGGAGGCUCCCUAUAAAAAAGAGGAGGAUGAGCAGCAAACUAACGAGGUUGAAAAGGAGAGCCCUAGUAACAGCACCAGCUGCACCGGCAGCAGUGGCAGUGGCACCAGUGGGAGCAGCGCCAGUGGGGAGGCAGGCAGGAAGAAGAGGAGUCGGAGCCAUAGUAAAAGCAGGGAUAGAAAACGCAGUCGUAGUCGAGACCGUCGUAGGCGGAGAAGCAGUCGGAGCCGGAGUCGAGAUCGGCAGCGUCGUCACCGCAGCCGUAGCUGGGAACGUCGACAUGGUAGUGAGUUACGAAGUCGAGACCGACGUCGUGAGGAUCGUGUGCGCUACAGGAGUCCACCACUUGCCACUGGGCGUAGGUAUGGACACAGUAAGAGUCCUCAUUUCCGGGAGAAGAGCCCAGUCAGGGAGCCAGUUGAUAAUCUGAGUCCUGAGGAGCGGGAUGCCCGCACGGUGUUCUGUAUGCAGUUAGCUGCCCGCAUUCGGCCUCGAGACCUGGAGGACUUUUUCUCGGCUGUUGGCAAGGUUCGAGAUGUACGUAUCAUCUCAGAUCGGAACUCACGUCGUUCUAAGGGCAUUGCCUAUGUGGAAUUCUGUGAGAUCCAGUCUGUGCCACUUGCCAUUGGGCUGACCGGACAGCGGCUGCUGGGAGUGCCUAUCAUUGUACAGGCCUCACAGGCUGAGAAAAACCGACUGGCAGCCAUGGCCAACAACCUGCAGAAGGGCAGUGGUGGACCAAUGCGCCUCUACGUGGGCUCCCUGCACUUCAAUAUCACUGAGGACAUGCUCCGGGGCAUCUUUGAGCCCUUUGGCAAAAUUGAUAAUAUUGUCCUGAUGAAGGACUCAGAUACAGGCCGCUCUAAAGGUUAUGGUUUUAUUACGUUCUCUGACUCUGAGUGUGCCCGCCGGGCCCUGGAACAGUUGAAUGGCUUUGAGCUUGCUGGUCGGCCUAUGAGGGUUGGCCAUGUGACGGAGCGACUGGAUGGUGGCACAGACAUCACUUUUCCUGAUGGAGACCAGGAUCUGGACCUGGGAUCAGCGUGUGGACGUUUGCAGCUCAUGGCCAAAUUGGCAGAAGGCUCUGGAAUCCAGCUGCCGACCACCGCUGCUGCCGCCCAAGCUGCUGCCUUGCAACUGAAUGGAGCAGUUCCUUUGGGGGCCCUGAACCCAGCGGCUUUGACUGCUCUGAGUCCGGCCCUGAACCUCGCCUCCCAGGCAAUCGCCUCCCAGUGCUUCCAGCUUUCCAGCCUCUUUACCCGCCAAACCAUGUAAUUAGUGGUGCAGUCCACUGCCUACCUGUGCCUCUGGGUCCUGCCACUCCCUUCUCCACGUCUACCCUUCCAUGGCCCCUUCUCUCCAUUCUGUGGACCAAACCAUCCUGAGGGUGUGAACAUUGACGGUGGGGGAACUGGGACCCCCUAGGACACCAAGAAGAGCUCCUGCCCACCGCAGCCGCAGUGGGAAUGGACUCUGGUGAGCAAAGCUGCCAGUUGAAGAGAACAGAAUCUGCACUUGAAUUGAACAUCUGUUUCUCUGUAUUUAUCGUCUCCUGGGAUGACCUUCCUUGCCCUUUACAACCACCUCUUACUGAUUCCUUGAUUCCUCCCCCAUUGGGAAGGCCAUAGGGCAUUAACUGAAGGAACUAACCGCUCUUUGCCUGCCUGCACCUUUACCGUACAGUCUGUCACGGAAAACCUUUAAGACCUCUGGUCUGUGAGGACUUUGGGGUUUGAGGGAGUGAACCUUGAAAGUGCUGGCUUGCUGCUACAAGGGCCCUGGAAGAUAGCACAGACAUGUGUGUUGGGAAGCCUGCCUUAAACCUUAGCUUGGGGCCAGAACUGCUACUGUGGGCUCAACAUCUUGCUGGGAGGUGUGGGAAUGAUCUCUCCUGCCAGCCAUUUUGGAUGUCUUAGGGGCAUUCGGGAGUUCAGUGAAAGGUGGGGUACCUUUCUGGUAUCUUCCAUCUUCCUUUGUGUAGUUGUCCUUCCUUUGGCCCAGGGUGGGAGGAUGGAGGGGAGGCUGCUUCUCUCCACCACUUCCAUGUGCCUCUGGAGACUGUGGGCUCAAGCCCAGCUGGGCACACGUGAGUCCUUCUCACUGUAUUUUAUACCCUUGUGUCUGUGUACAUAAAUAUAAAUAUAUAUAUAUAUAAACUUUGUACAAAAGGCAGGUCCCACGGUUGUGGCGGCGGCUGCCCAUGUGUGGUCUCGGUCCAGUGGUGUGUCUGUCUGACGUUAACUUCUCCUGAGCCAAAACCACGAACGGUUCUAGGGAUAUAAAACAUUUGUAAUGCUA